AUGUCUUCCAAAGUUGAAACCUCAAAACCCCAUAAACGAAAGCGAGAUGGAGACGGCAACCAUACGACCACUUCGACUCCGAUGAAAAAGCACAAGAACCGUGAAAGUCUGAUGGGUACAUCGGCUACAGAUGAUGGAAGCGCAAAGAAACGAAAGAAAACAACGGACACGUUUCAGAGUGAUGAUGCUGGGGUAGGGCGCCGAAAAGAAAAAGUCUUGUCAGACAGCGAGGCAAAAACCGCACCGCCUACAAACCUUCGUGCGUCCGGGACGGGGAAGAUUGCGAAGGAAAAUUCUAAGGCCGAAGGGCAUGAUUCUGAAGAUGGUCAAAGCAUGGAAGAAGUUUCUUCGACGCGGGAAGACCGAAAGCCGUCGAAAGCUAAGCAUGCCGGAAUUCUUUCUAAGUUUGAGCGGACGAAAACUGCAGCGACUGCCAAAUCGAAGAAAAAUAUACCCGAGGUUGUCGAACAGUCAAAUCAGAAUAUUCCCGAGCCUGUAAUUGCGAAAGGCCUUGAACCGCUACCACAGCCCGAAAAUCCACCUGAGAUAUUCGAAGCCCCCGCCUAUUCAUCUCUACCCCCGUGGCUUGCAAAUCCUUUACGAACAUCGGCAAAAGAACGGGCGAGGUUUUCGGAUCUAGGAAUUAAACCUGAUCUUCUACGGAUUCUGGCGCAGAACAAUUACCAUGAAGCAUUUGCCGUUCAGUCGACCGUCAUUCCUCUACUUCUUGACGGCACCAGCAAUCACCCCGGCGACUUGUGUGUCAGUGCUGCCACAGGAUCUGGUAAGACACUGUCAUAUGUGCUGCCACUUGUCACAUCUUUGGCUUCUCGGCCUGCGUCAAGGCUUCGAGGUCUGAUUGUCGUUCCCACAAGAGAGUUGGUGAAACAGGCACGAGAGGCAUGCGAACUCUGUGCUUCUGGGUCCCGUCUCCACAUUGGCAGUGCGGUUGGAAAUGUGGCUAUUAAAGAGGAGCAAAAGCUCUUGAUGCGAGUGGAUCAAGUUUAUAAUCCUGCUACUGUGGACGAAAGACAAAAAACGGGCUUACAACAAAACGAUUGGAUGGACUUAAAUCUUGAGGACUGUGUGGCAGAAGCAACGGAAUCGACCGGCUUUCUUCCGGGCUAUAUCCAACAAGCUGAGCCGAAUAUCGAUAUUCUUAUCUGUACUCCUGGCCGUUUGGUAGACCAUAUCCGCUAUACCAAAGGCUUCACUCUCAAGCAUCUCGAAUGGCUUGUCAUUGACGAAGCAGAUCGUCUAUUGAAUGAGAGUUUCCAGGAGUGGGUGGAUGUGGUCAUUGGCUCUCUCAACGCACGCCGUGCACCGGAGACGUUUGGUCCUGCAGGCAAACUUUUGUCCGAUCUCGGGCUCGCAAUUGAUACUCAUCCUCCUCGAAAAGUCAUUCUAAGUGCGACCAUGACACAGGACAUCACGAAACUCAAUUCAUUGCAGCUUGCAAACCCCAAGAUGGUCAUAAUUGGGUCCGAAAAGGCCGUGGAAUCCGAUGACCCGUCUACUACUCAGCAUGACACCCACUUUACCCUUCCACCUACUUUACAGGAGCACAUUGUCACUGUUGGUGAUGGUGCUCAGAAGCCUCUCUAUCUACUGCGCCUUCUUCUCUCACAUAUUAAGGUUGAUGUCGAUAGUUGUACAAAUUCUGCAAGAAUAGUUGACUCGACCAAUACCAGCGAUGAUGAAACCAGCUCCGAUGAAUCAUCAGAUGAUGAUACUUCCUCAUCGGGGUCAGACUCGGACUCAGACUCAGAUUCCAGCUCCGACUCCGACUCCGAAUCCGACUCGAGCACCAAUUCCUCCAGUGAGUCGUCUUCGGAUGAACUCUCGGAAUCUGAAAGCAAAUCCCCAGAAUUGGUAUCUCGAAAUGGACCCUCACGAGAGACCGUCCUAAUCUUCACGAAGUCUUCGGAGUCUGCAUCAAGACUUUCUAGACUUAUCUCGAUUCUUCACCCGCAACUUGCGAAUCGUGUUGGAACUAUCAUCAAGUCUAACAAAUCUUCAACCUCUCGCAAGACAUUGAGUGCCUACCGGCGAGGACGCAUCUCUGUGAUUGUGGCCACGGAUCGUGCCUCGCGCGGUCUGGAUCUCCAUUCCUUGACUCAUGUUGUGAAUUAUGAUAUCCCACCUAGUGUUACCACUUACGUGCAUCGAGUUGGACGUACUGCUCGCGCUGGCCGCAACGGCUCUGCCUGGACUUUGGUCGCUCACCGGGAAGGGCGGUGGUUCUCUAAUGAAAUUGCCGCGGAUGUCAAUGGUCCCAUCACCCGAACUACUAGCAUUGAUCGUGUUCAAAUCAAAUCGGAUAGUCUGAAGGUACUUGAACAUAAGUAUUCCCAGGCACUAGAUGCUCUGGAAAAGGAAGUCAGAACGGGUCGGCCUCGGCAAACCUAG